CACUUCCCUCUUUUCUCUGCACAAAUCCAUUCCAAACAUGUGGGAAUGGGAAGAAGUGAAUAAUACUGAUCAGAGAAGGAAAAGAAGAGGCGGCAGGGAAGAUAGUAAGAAGAAGAAGAUGAAGAAGACAAGGAGGAAGGUGAGAGAGCCAAGGUUCAGCUUCAAGACUAUGAGUGAUGUUGAUGUGUUGGAUGAUGGUUAUAAAUGGAGAAAAUAUGGCCAAAAAGUUGUCAAGAACACCCACCAUCCCAGGAGUUAUUAUCGGUGCACCCAAGAUAAUUGUCGGGUCAAGAAACGGGUUGAAAGAUUAGUUGAGGAUCCGAGGAUGGUGAUAACAACAUACGAAGGUCGACAUGUUCACUCUCCAUCUUGCGAUGAGGUUGAUGAUUCGCAACCUUCAUCUCAAUGCAUUAAUCUUAUCCUUUGGUAAUAAUCACGAAUCACUCAAACACUUUCGAGUAUAUGUAUGUAUGCACAUUAUCUAUCAUCGAAUUUAAUUUUUUAUAUUUGGCAAUAGAUUAUGCAAUACUAUCUACACAAUAUUUUAUUUAUACUCGAUGGAAUUAUUAGUUUAUCGCAUGACUAGUUUGG